AAAAAAUACACAAACAAUAAUACAAAGAUGCCAAGAGAAGACGAACAAUACUCUGACGAAGAAAGAGAUCAACAAGAACAAAUCCAAGAAGAAGACAAUGGAUUGAAGAGAAAGAGAGAAGACGAUAACCAAGAAGAUGCUAAGAAACAAAAGUAUGAUUAUGAUGCUAGAGCUGCUUACACUGUUAUGCUCAGAAAUCUUUCAUACAAUACUAGUGAUGAUAGCAUUAAAGAAAAGCUCUCCAAGUAUGGUUCUAUUGUCAGAGUUAACAUCCCAACCGAUGAACGUGGUAGAUCGAGAGGUUACGGUUUCGUUGAAUUCGACGAAGUUGAAGCUGCUCAAAAGGUUGUUGAUUUGAAGGCUAUGGAAAUGGACGGUAGAGAAGUUCAAUUGCAACAAUCCAAGGCUAGAGAUGAAUUCUCUGGUAGAACCACUCAAGUCUUUGUUGGUAACUUGCCUGAAUCCGCUGAAGAACAAGAUAUUCGUGAAUUGUUCGAAACCUGUGGUGAAAUUGAAGAAGUCAGAAUGCCAAAGGAUAAGGAUACUGAAAAGAAGAAGGGUUUCGCUUUUGUUCAAUUCAGAGAUUCAUCAUCUGUUAAAGCAGCCUUGGAAAAGGACGGUAGUGAAUUCAAGGGAGUUAGCAUUAGAGUUAAUGAAGAAAAGUCCACUAGAAACAAGCAAAGAAGAGAUAGAUUCGAUGAUAGACGUGGUGGAAGAGGUGGUAACAGAAGAUAUGAUGAUAGAAGAGGUGGUGGUGAUAGAUAUGAAAGAAGAGAUGAUAGAAGAUCUUAUGAUGACAGAAGAGGUGGUGAUGAUAGACGUGGUGGUGGUGGUAGAUAUGAAGACAGAAGAGGUGGAAGAGGUGAUAGAUAUGAAAGAAGAUAAUUCUUUAAAUUUGUUUCCAAAUUAACACGUGUCCGUGUAUUCUCCUAAAGUUUCAUGUUCCUUAUGUUUCCUUUACUCUCUCUUAUAGUGUCGUUCCUGAGCUGCUCUCGCUGCUUCCAAAUAAAUCGUGCAAGAGAGACAUCCACUCCCAACACUCCUGGUUGUGAAUUGUCCCCCAACAAACACAUUGGCUUGCAACUAUCUCUGCACAUACACUGAUAGUACUCACUCCAACAACACACUGAAAAACAUAAUGCACUCCUCCACUCAACGAUGGAUAAGCUGCAAUGAUGCCAUCCGAUACUCAACAAUACACACUCAAAAUUUGAUAGUUCACCAAUGAUGAUCCUAUCAAUAAAAUAGAGUUGUAAACAAAACAAAUUGUUGAAUUGAGGAAAGUACAAUGUUGGCUUAAUGAGCAAUCUAUUUACAAGUUGAAUAGAUCUAUUUCUGGAAGGUUCCUUAACAAGUUCUUCCAAGCAAUAGUAUUAAUUCAGAAAUGAUCAAAAAAAUCGAUUUUAUCCAUUUGCUUCCAACUUCUAUUUAAGGUGAUAUAGUUGAUAAGUAUUAUGUUAUCAAUUUAAAAACAAUUUCAUAUUCAGUACCAAUACCGAUCAAGUAACAAAAAAAUGAAAGUCAACCAAUCUCUACUGGUGAAAGCAAGUAUUUUACUUGUCUUGUCACUCUCAUUCAUUCAUGCACAGUGGGGAAUUCCAUUUGGAAGUGGUUUUGGAGGUUUUCCUGGUGGUCAACAACCAUAUGGAGGUUUUGGAGGUAAUCCAUUUUCAACUGGUGGUCAACAACCAUAUGGUGGUUUAGGUGGUUUAGGUGGAUUAGGUUCAACAGGUAGUCCAUUCUCUUUCGAUCAACCUUAUUCAUCACCUUUUGGAAGUAAUAUUGGUCAAAAUUAUCCAAACUAUGGUGGUUAUGGUCAAAAUCCUUAUCAAAACCAAAAUUAUCCAAAUUAUGGUGGUUAUGGUCAAAAUCAACCAAAUAACAACAAUAAUAAUCAAAAUAAUAUG